AUGGUCUCGUUCGCCCAGCCUUUGUUUUGGCAGAUAAAGUAUGUGGUGAACGGUCUGAGCAAGAAGACCCAGAAGCAAGGAUUGAACGAGUUGCACAACUUGAUUGCAGCUUAUGGGUAUGAUGCGCAGGUUUUCUUUCUGCGUGUUCUGAUCGAGGAGUGUGCGGCAAACAACUGGCAACCUACAGGCCAGCGGACGUUUCAGAUGCAACUCCUCGCGAGUGAGCUGAAGGAGAUGGAGUCGGAGGAGAGCUUCGGGAUGCUGCUUUGCCAAGCCAUCGAGCAGUGCAGGGACAACGUCACAGAGGAGUUUCUGAGUCAGCUGACCAAGGCAUCCAAGAUUUCGCUGAAGCCGCAGCUGAAUCUGGCUGCUGCCAUGUUGCAGUCGAUCCCGCAAGAGAAGGAGGCAAGCCGCAGGGAGGUGGCCAAGUUCCUCAAGGGAAAGCUCAGGACGCCCGCUAUCCUCAGCCCCGCAUCCUCACGAGACGAGGGUGAAGCACCAAGCCAGCCGUGCCUCUUUGCAGCUGUUUGCAGCUUUGUCCAAGUGCUGGCUUUAAACAAGAAGUCAUGGAAAGUCGACGCCAGCCGCAUUGUCACAGGCGUCAGAGGAACAGUGGUGUUGAGCUUGCAGCUUCUGUCGAUCCGUGUCCCUCUUGAAGCCAUGUGGGGGCUGCUCGUGCUUUUUCCUGUGCUGCUCAGUGCAAGGCCCGUGCCCCAUGGUUUCAUGGAAACUGGUCCCACGUGA